CUAAGGGGUCUUAAGGGUGCAGGAUGUAGCGGUGGCGCGCGUUCUGACGUCACACCUGUACACUUUGAACACAGUCAUGGCAGCGCCUGGGAUUCGCCCUUUGAGAUGAGAAAUAGAGAUUUUACUCCUAAAUUCUGCACGUUUAGUUAACGAUGCUUGCUCCUUGCUGAUGGGGAUGAGCCGGCUUGAUUUGCUCUACCGAAGGCUUCUCCUAACCAAACUCUUCAUCCAAGGAUGGGGAAAGCCAGAGGAUCUGAAACGAAUAUUCGAGUUUAGGAAAAUCAUCGGCGACCGGGAAAAAUGUAAGAACCUCGUACCACGGGACUAUCCGGUUUUUAUCGACAAGGUUGAGGAUCACUCGGACUGCAGAAUCCACAGCGGACAUUUGGUUUCCCCGCUCGAACACUUCGUCCCAGGCAUUUUGCCAGCGGAGUCGGUUAAAGCCAGCUUUCAGUUUAUAGUUCCGAAAAAAUGGAAGAAGCACAGACCGGUGUGUAUUCAUCUGGCAGGAACAGGAGAUCAUUUUUUCUGGAGGAGGAGAACUCUCAUGGCCAGACCCAUGAUCAGAGAGGCAGGAAUGGCGUCACUGCUGCUGGAAAACCCGUAUUAUGGAUACAGAAAACCUAAAGACCAGAAGAGGUCCAGUCUGAAGAACGUAUCUGACCUGUUUGUGAUGGGCGGAGCUCUCAUCCUGGAGUCUGCAGCUCUCCUGCACUGGCUGGAUAGAGAAGGUUUCUGGCCGCUGGGCAUGACCGGCAUCUCCAUGGGAGGCCACAUGGCAUCUUUAGCCGUAACCAACUGGCCCAAGCCGAUUCCUCUGAUCCCAUGUCUUUCCUGGACGACUGCUUCGAAUGUUUUUACCACCGGAGUGUUAAGUAGAGCUGUGAACUGGAGGGAACUGGAGAAGCAGUACGCCACGCACACCGUCUACGAGGACGAGAUCUUCCACAUGCUGGAGUACUGUGGGACGGACUCUUUCCGGAUGGGCCAGGACUUUGUACGGGACGCCCCGGGCAGCUUUGACAAACUUUCGAACAUGUCCCUGUCUUCUGAGGUUCUACUGCACCAAAGGGACUCUGGUAACGGGUUCGAUCGCAUGCUGUCAUCCUCUUUCGCCGGCAGUCAGACGCACAUCGACGCACUUCACAGUGAAAGCGUGAGCCGCAGCGCAGGACGGCAUCGCUCGCUGCAGCGGGAGUCACUCUGCUUCAUGAAGGGCGUGAUGGACGAGUGCACCCACAUCGCCAACUUCUCAGUGCCAGUGGAUCCCAGUCUGAUUAUCGUGGUCCAGGCUAAAGAGGACGCCUACAUACCUCGCUCUGGUGUGCGCAGCCUGAAGGAGGUCUGGCCUGGCUGUGAGGUUCGCUACCUCGACGGGGGCCACAUCACCGCCUAUCUGUUUAAACAGGCAGUGUUCAGACGGGCCAUUUACGAUGCCUUCGAGUGUUUUGUUCAGAAGUAUCCAUUAAUAUUAUAGGAACGGAUCCCGCGCCACUGUGCUGUCACGAUGACACGGUAAAGGAAAUCACCGAAACUUGACAUGAUAAAACAUAGCACAGACCAGGACUCAGAAUUGGACCUGAAGCUAAUCCUUUCCACACCAUGGUGCUACUGAAGGCUGAUUAGUAUUAAUGCAUGAUUACAGAAUAAAGUUUAUACACAUUUAUGAACAAUCGCAAACCAAUCCGAAUUUCAUCUAUAUGUUCUAUCACUGAUCGUGUUGAUUUUUUUUUUUUUUUUUAACCCCUCAGCCUUUUCUUUUGCUGAGGUGCAUUUAUAACUCAAAGAUCACUGCCAAGUCUUUAGGAGCAUAAGAUUCUAAUAUAUGAUUUGAAAUUAAAGUAUUAGCAUUUGCAAUGGCAUUAUUAUUAUUAUUAUUAUUAUUAUUAUUAAUCCCUUAAACAGUUUAUUUCCUACAUGUAAUAACUACUUUUUCAAGCCUUCACAUUUCUGUUUAAAAAUCUGAAAUAAAAUUCUUACUUUGAAAA